AUGACACUCCAACUUCCCUCCAUUUUGCAGCAGUACUCGGUAGCUGCUAUCAACCGAACUUUAUAUGAAGAUGGAUCAAGGAAUGUUGCCUUAUUUGGACUAGGCCAAUUAGGUGGCAUCCCCGCAGAGCUGCAAAAACACAGAUGCGUGGGUUCAGUAAAUGAUGCAAUUAAACUGUUUAACAGCAAGCUAAAGUCUCUUGUAGAUGAUCUUAAUACCAAUUUUCCAGAAGCAACGUUCACAUAUAUAAACGUAUACAACAUUUUACCAAUCAUCGGUACACUUAGUGUGUUGGAUCGUCCAUGUUGUAAAGUUUUGGAAACCAUGACUGAAGGGCUAUGUGCUCCUGGAGAAGGACCAUAUUUGCUUAGGGGAAUUUAUCUUUUCUAUGAUAAUUUUCAUCCCACUGAGAUUGCCAAUAGAGUCGCCGCUAACAGAGCUUAUAAUGCUCUUCUACCGUCUGAUGCUCAUCCUAUGGAUAUCCGUCACUUGAUCAGGAACAAUCAUGUGUAUGAUGAUUAA